AUGUCCUCGGUAACAUCAAAUUAUAGUAUGCGCAGCGUCUAUAGAGCAUCAAUUGGCGUGAGGCGUGGAUUCAAGUCAUUUCGCUACACGUCUAAGCCAACCGUGGUGCCAGUAAAUCCAUUCGAUCCGAGAGACGAUGCUGCCGUUCUUCGGAAGGCCAUGAAAGGCUUUGGGACUGAUGAAAAAGCUAUCAUACAAGUUCUAACACGUAGAAGCAAUGAACAGCGUCUGCGUAUCGCGUUUGAGUUUAAGACCUUGUAUGGAAAGGAUUUGGUGUCCGACUUGAAGAGUGAGACUAGCGGCAAGUUUGAAGACCUCGUAGUAGCUCUCAUGACGCCAUUGCCUCAGUUCUACGCCAAGGAACUGCAUGAUGCUACCGCUGGGAUUGGCACUGAUGAAGACGUGCUCAUAGAAGUGAUGUGCACUAUGUCCAAUCACGAGAUAAACGUCAUCAAACAGGCUUACACAGCAAUAUACGGAACUCUCUUAGAAGACGACCUACGCGGCGACACUUCUGGUAACUUCAAGAGACUCAUGACGUCACUGUGCAUGGGUAACAGAUCUGAAAAUUUCCACGUCGAUCAAAAUCAAGCCAGAGAGGACGCUAGAAGCCUACUGCAAGCAGGUGAACUUCGUCUCGGUACAGACGAGUCUGUUUUCAACGCGGUGCUAUGUUCCCGUUCGUUCCCACAGCUGGCGGCCAUUUUCCAGGAGUACCAGUUCCUGACGGGUCAUGACAUCGAUGACGCCAUCAAAGCCGAAUUCUCCGGCGACCUUGAGAAGGCUCUGAGAGCUAUCGUGAAAGUUGUCCGCAACAAACCGUUGUUCUUCGCGGAGAGGCUGCACAAGUCUAUGAAGGGUUUGGGGACCAACGACCGUCAGCUCAUCCGCAUCAUGGUGACCCGCUGUGAGGUGGACCUUGGAGACAUCGCCGAUAUGUUCCAGUCCAAGUACGGAGAGACCCUGCAGAGCUGGAUCGAGGGUGAUUGUUCCGGGCACUACAAGAAAUGUCUGCUGGGUUUACUUGGUCUCUACUAG